CAACGCUUGAAUCGCCACCCGAUCGGGGCCUGCAACCGCAAAAUCCCUUCGCCCUCUCGCUUCAGCGGUGGCUUGUUCGUCAGGAACGUGGAUUGCUUCCAGCCCGCGCACUUCAAAUCGGAUGCAACCGCACCUUGUUGGCCCGUGGGUGUCGCUACACUGAUUUUGGAGGUGUUUUUUUCUUUAUCUUUUCUUUUCCUGGGUGCGGGAGCGAAGGGUUUGAGGGAUUUGUGAGGGUUUUGUAGCGAUGGCCCAGGUGAUCGGAUUGACAGCGUUGCCGCCAUGCGCGAUUAGCAAGAGUCGUGCUGCUGGCAAUGGGGUGUCGAGCUCUAAGCGUGUAGGGAAAGCGUUUUUGCGGUCGUCGGUAUUGGGUAACCGGUUGGGGUCGCCUGCGUCGGUGGAGCUAGCCGCAGCGGAGAGGAGAAGUCUCGUGGCGAGAGCGUCCCUCAAGGAUGUGAACAGCAUUCCCGCUGCCGCUAUGGCGUCGCUCGUAUUGGCUCUUGCUGGUAGCCCUGCUGUGGCUGCUGAUGUAACGCCUCCUCUCCAAUUCGCCCCAGCUGGGAGCGAGGUUACCCAGAUUCAGACCAAGCCCGUAGAGAAUGCGCUUGUGGGCGCGGCCAAGGCGGCACCCGCAGUCGCUGCGAAGAAGGUGUCGGACUUGCCCGAAGGCACGAACUGGCGAUACAGUGAGUUUUUGAAUGCCGUGAAGGGAGGAAAGGUGGAGAGGGUUAGGUUUGCCAAGGAUGGCACCACCCUGCAAUUGACAGCGAUUGAUGGCAAGCGGGCCAACGUGACCUUGCCCAAUGACCCUGACUUGGUUGACAUUCUCGCCAUGAACGGUGUGGAUAUCUCUGUGUCGGAGGGUGAGGCAACCAACAGCUACAUCAAUGUUUUGGGCAAUUUGCUUUUCCCUCUAUUGGCCUUCGGUGGGCUGUUCUUCCUCUUUAGGAGAGCUCAGGGCGGCCAAGGUGGACCUGGAGGUUUGGGCGGACCCAUGGACUUUGGCAGAUCGAAAUCGAAGUUCCAGGAGGUGCCCGAUACCGGUGUGACCUUCGCUGACGUUGCCGGAGCUGAUCAAGCCAAGUUGGAACUACAAGAGGUUGUCGAUUUCUUGAAGAACCCCGACAAAUACACUGCCCUCGGUGCUAAGAUUCCCAAGGGAUGUCUGCUCGUCGGCCCACCUGGAACAGGAAAGACUUUGCUCGCAAGAGCUGUUUCCGGAGAGGCUGGUGUCCCAUUCUUCUCAUGCGCAGCCUCCGAAUUCGUCGAACUCUUUGUUGGUGUGGGAGCUUCCCGUGUUCGUGAUUUGUUCGAAAAGGCCAAAGCGAAGGCCCCUUGCAUCGUUUUCAUCGAUGAGAUUGAUGCCGUUGGAAGGCAGAGAGGUGCCGGUAUGGGAGGAGGAAACGACGAACGAGAGCAGACCAUUAACCAGCUGCUCACAGAGAUGGAUGGUUUCAGUGGCAACAGUGGUGUCAUAGUGUUGGCUGCCACCAACAGACCCGAUGUGCUCGACUCUGCUCUUCUCCGACCCGGACGAUUUGACAGGCAGGUCACCGUCGACAGGCCAGAUGUUCAAGGGCGUGUUAGGAUUCUUCAGGUUCACUCUCGUGGUAAGACAUUGGCCAAGGAUGUCGACUUUGAGAAGAUUGCAAGGAGGACGCCAGGGUUCACCGGUGCCGACUUACAAAACUUGAUGAACGAAGCUGCUAUCUUGGCAGCUAGGCGGGAGUUGAAGGAGAUCAGCAAAGAUGAGAUUGCCGACGCGUUGGAGCGUAUUAUCGCUGGUCCAGAGAAGAAGAACGCUGUUGUCUCUGAAGAGAAGAGGACAUUGGUCGCGUAUCACGAGGCUGGACAUGCACUGGUUGGUGCUUUGAUGCCCGAGUAUGACCCCGUGGCCAAGAUCUCCAUUGUUCCCCGUGGAGGCGCUGGAGGAUUAACCUUCUUCGCUCCCAGUGAAGAGAGGCUCGAAUCCGGCCUCUACAGCAGAAGCUACCUGGAGAAUCAGAUGGCCGUUGCUCUUGGUGGAAGAAUUGCCGAGGAGCUCAUCUACGGUACCGAGAACGUCACCACCGGUGCUUCAAACGAUUUCAUGCAAGUUUCCCGUGUGGCUCGUCAGAUGGUGGAGCGAUUUGGCUUCAGCAAGAAGAUUGGGCAACUCUCACUCGGCGGCGGUGGUGGCAACCCCUUCUUGGGUCAGUCCGCCGGGCAACAAUCUGACCAUUCGAUGGCCACCGCAGAUGUUAUCGAUGCCGAAGUAAGAGAGUUGGUCGAGACUGCCUAUACGCGUGCUAAGACCAUCAUGGAGACCCACAUCGACAUCCUGCACAAGCUCGCGGCUUUAUUACUUGAGAAGGAGACCGUGGACGGCGAGGAGUUCCUCAACUUGUUCAUUGAUGGACAGGCUGAGCUGUAUGUGAAUUAGAAUCGUUGGAUUGCUCUUAUUUAUGUAGAGAUUAAUGUAGAGAAUGCUAAAGAGCUGAGAGUUGAGAGGAUUUGUUCAAUAUUGUCCAAAGCUCAGGUAUAUGGCAUCUGUAGAGACGGUGAUUGGCUGUCUGGGGAUGUCGUAUCUGCUGUACACUACUGUUGACUGAUCUCGCCGUGUCGCAAGCGGCGUUUCUUAUGUAACACGUUGCAUUCCUUCAA